CCCGUGCUUGUUCUCCUACUUAUUCUUCCCUCUGUCCUUUCCUUUACCUUUUGAAAUAUUUUAACUGCUUUUGACUUUACUCCAGCUGGUCUGUUCGCUCCUUCGCUCUUCGUUGCGUCGCUCUCGGUCGAGUAACCCCUCUCGUGAUCUUCCCGGAAUCCGACAUCCGCGGCCCAAAUCGUCCUCCAGGAGGAUACAACACUUCUUCUACUAUACAAGAGAGGAUAAUAUUCACAAUAAUAAUCCACCAACAUGGUCGCAGACGCUGUUGUCUACCACCCCGCGCUGGCGCAUUACUUGCGCUUUGUCGCGACCACCGUCGGCCGUGACAAGAUCAUGCGAACCCUGCAAUACUUCUCCCGCUUCUACGCCUGGUACCUCCUGCGCACCAACCGCCCUCAAUCCGCCAUCGAGCCCUUCAACGCCAUCAAGAAGCAAUUCGGCACCACCCGCAAAAUCAUCCGUAUCGGCAAGUUCCUCGAGCACCUGAAAGCCGCCGCCAUCGCCGUCGACAACAAGGCCCCCAUCGACCCGGUCCUGCGCUACCUGGCCACCGGUCGCCAGCUGGGCUAUGCGGGAUACCUGACGCUGGACACGAUUGGGGUCGUGGACACGAUGGGGAUUAAGAAGUUGAGUUAUGCGAAGAAGUUGCAGGAGAAUGCUUAUCGGUGCUGGAUGGUGGGGUUGAUUUUCAGUUCGGUUUCCAGUUUGUAUUCGUUGUGGAGGUUGCAGGAGAAGGAGAAGACGGUUGAUCGGAAGGAGGGUGAGGGUGUUGUUGAGGCGAAGAAGAUUGAGAAGGAACGCUCGACUGCUCGCACUCAGCUCGUCUCGGAUGUUUGCGACUUGGCCGCGCCCGUCUCCGCCCUCAAGUACGCUGAUCUCGACGACGGUAUCGUUGGCAUCGGUGGUACCAUCUCCAGUUUGAUUGGUUUGCAAUCCCAAUGGCGCAAGACUGCAUGAGCGAGACCGUAGUUUUCUUCGCAGUGCUAGUGGGUUGUUUGCUAUUGUUAUAUACCGUGGGUUUGGUCGCGCUCCAGUUUACUACUCUGUUUUGCUAUCUUUACGAGUACCUGUAUCUUUAUUGUCUAGCAAUAUAUUCCCCUUGUGUUCCCACGC